UUGGAGGAGAUCAGCCGCGCCUGCGAGACUCUGGUGGGGCGAGCAGGGCGGGAGAAGAGCCCCCCGCCCCCUGCCAGCCCCCUGCCCACCCCGGCCUCCCCUCCGCCUGCUCCUCUCCUGGCCCCUGUGCCUCCAGCGCCCCUACCACCGACCCCUCCGCGCCCCAAGGAUGAGUCCCGCAAGACACACAUGGAACAUCGCCGGCACCGUCGGUCCAACCGGGACGGCUCGCGGAGACACCGGGAAGGUAAAGCUCGCAAGGGGAAGAACCGGCAGAUCCUGGGCAGCUUGGACGUGCAGAGCGCUGAGGGCCAAGCCCGGGAGAACGGCGCCAAGCCGCCCCCGCCUCCCCCGCCGCCUCCCCCCGAGCGGAGGUCCCCUGCCAAGAAGGAAGAAGGCCCGGUGGGCUCGGUGUCCACCAUGGUGUGCUCGGCCGACCUGCUGAAGCUACGGUCCUUCACGGAGGGUCCCCCCAAGGAGCUGAAGAUCCGGCUGAUCAAAGUGGAGAGCGGAGACAAAGAGACCUUUAUUGCCUCGGAAGUCGAGGAGCGGCGGAUCCCUCUGAGCGAAGUCACCAUCAACCACUCAGCCGCGGAGGUUGUGCGGGCCAGCAAGCAUGCCAAGGUGAAAGGGAAAUUUAAGGAAUCGUACUUGUCCCAAAACCACUCUGUCAAGCCGCAGAUCAACAUGGACGAAAAGCUUCCCCGGGAUAAGCUCAGCCCCCCAACACCAAGCAUCUACUUGGAGAGCAAGCGGGACGCCUUUUCUCCCGUCUUGCUACAAUUCUGCACCGAUCCCAAGAACCCCAUCACCGUCAUCCGUGGUCUGGCUGGAUCUCUUCGACUCAACCUGGGGCUGUUCAGCACGAAGACGCUGGUGGAGGCGAGUGGCGAGCACGCCGUGGAAGUCCGCACGCAGGUGCAGCAGCCGUCCGACGAGAACUGGGACCUCUCGGGCACUAAGCAAGUCUGGCCGUGCGAGAGCAGCCGGUCACACACCACCAUCGCCAAGUAUGCCCAGUACCAAGCGGCUUCGUUCCAGGAGUCGCUUCAGGAGGACAAAGAGACUGACGAUGAGGAGGCCGAGGAGCCGGAUAGCACCACAGAGACACCGCCCAGCAACCCAGACCAGAAGCCCCACCAAAUCAUCAAGUUUGGGACCAACAUCGACCUCUCGGAUGCCAAGCGAUGGAAACCGCAGCUCCAGGAAUUGCUGAAGCUGCCUGCCUUUAUGCGCGUCACAUCGACGGGGAACAUGUUGAGCCACGUGGGCCACACCAUUCUGGGCAUGAACACAGUGCAACUGUACAUGAAGGUCCCUGGCAGCCGAACCCCAGGUCACCAGGAGAACAACAACUUCUGCUCCGUAAACAUCAACAUUGGGCCCGGGGACUGCGAAUGGUUUGCCGUCCACGAACAUUACUGGCAGAAUAUCAGUGCCUUCUGUGACAGGCACGGGGUAGAUUAUCUCACCGGCUCCUGGUGGCCCAUCCUAGAAGACCUCUACCAGUCCAACAUCCCUGUCUACCGCUUCAUCCAGCGUCCUGGAGACCUGGUGUGGAUCAAUGCCGGGACCGUGCACUGGGUGCAGGCCACUGGGUGGUGCAACAAUAUUGCGUGGAACGUCGGUCCCCUGACAGCUUACCAGUACCAACUGGCGCUCGAACGCUAUGAAUGGAACGAGGUGAAGAAUGUCAAGUCCAUCGUGCCCAUGAUCCACGUCUCCUGGAACGUCGCGCGGACAGUCAAGAUCAGCGACUCGGACUUGUACAAGAUGAUCAAGUACUGCCUCAUGCAGUCAAUCAAGCACUGUCAGGUCCAGCGGGAAAGCCUGAUCCGAUCUGGCAAGAAGAUUGCGUACCAAGGAAGGGUGAAGGACGAGCCGGCGUACUACUGCAAUGAAUGUGACGUGGAGGUGUUCAACAUCCUUUUCGUGACCAGCGAGAACGGCAGCAAGAACACGUACUUGGUUCACUGCGAGGCCUGUGCCCGGAAACGGAGCUCAUCCCUUCACGGCAUCGUGGUCCUCGAACAGUACAAAACUGAAGAAUUGAUCACCAUCUACGACAGCUUCACCCUGGCCGCAGCGCCGAGUUCAAGAUGAGCCAUAUCACGCCCAGGCGCCGAUGUCUGGGCUCAUUUUUCUGCGCUCGUUUCUCCCACUCCCACUGUGAGUGUUUUGGGGCAGAAGGUGCUGUAGCCCCCUUCUCUGCCUCCCCUCCCUCUUAAAAGAGAGCUUCGAUCCUUUUUUUUUCUCCUCCUCCGUUGCUUCCUCGCCACCCCGUCCUGAGCCGUAGUGACACGGAACCGGCCAGAAGCUUCGUUUCCGCCUCUCCUCCCCCGCCCCAGACGGGCCCUUUUAUUUUUAAUUUAUUCUUCUUCAAAAAACAAAACAAAAACAAAAACAACGGACCUCCUUAUAUAUAUAUAUAUUAUUUUUUUGUUUUUUUCAUUUUCCUGGGUGGUGCUGAUUUUUUUUUUUUUAAAUAAUAAUAAUAAUAAAAGGGGUGAAGAACAGUUUUGAUUCUGAAAAGAUGAGGAGGACGACUCCGUUCCUAGCGGGGCGGGGAUUGGGAACUCUGCGAGAUCUCGGUUUGCAUCGGACUUCCGCGUGCCUUCCCCCGCUACACACACACACCCCGGGCCCCCUCCCCGCCACCCCGGGACGAGCACCAUGGGCUUGGAGGAACGGAAGAAGAAAACGGGAGAGCAAUCCCGUUCACACGAGCAUUAUUAUAAUCCCCACUUGCAAACGGAUUUUUUUUGGGGGAAAAAAAGAAAGUCGUUGACUUUCGUGGAGCUGCCCUGCGUGGGCAUUUUGUUUGUUUGUUUGUUUUUUUUUGUUACUUUUUUUUUUCAUCAUUUGUUUU